AUUCAAGUGGAGACAACUAGGUUCACUACCGCCAAACACAAAAAUGUUACAUGAAGUUCUGUUCGCUCUUUCUGGCCACUCUGGUGGUGUAUUUAUUGAUAAAGGCGACGGGAUACAAGUGUUGAGUGAUGUUCCUUUUAUAUCACCAUCAGAGGUGGAUCAACUGAACAAACUAUGUAAACUUGGUACAUUCUACAGGGAUUUUAAUAACUUCAUUAGACAAUAUGGAGGACAUCUUAGUCUACAACCAAAUGACAAAAGAAAGUCAGAGAUUCAUGGUUUGUACUUGAAGUCUUUCUGUCAUGGCCUAGAUAAAGUUUUAGAGGACUACAGAGCAUCCUUACAGAGACUUGAGAUGGAAAUACUAGCAGACCCAGACCUCACAAUAUCCCACCUUUACAGAACAUUAUUUCAAUAUUUUUUGCUGUUUCCAGCUUUAUCUGCAAUGGUAGAACAGAUCAAAUCACACAAGGCACAUGGCUGUUAUAUAUUAGAUAUUGUACACAAACACUCUAACUGUGGACAGCCUAGUGUUAAGGAAGCAAUGAAUAAAAUUCUACAUGUAUGUCAUGACGUGUUGUACAAACAGUUAUGUUCAUGGUUGUUACAUGGGUCUUUGUUUGAUCCUUACAAAGAAUUCUUCAUACAACAUUCUACAGGACAGACAACAGGUGUCAGCUCUGAGACACAGGAAGAGGAAGAUUAUUUAGGAAUUAUGGGUGUGACGGGAAGGCAGCUGCAGAAAGCAUUGUCUAUGACCUUACCAGAUACUGGUGGUGGCAGUCAUCAGACUUUCUCUAUACAAGCAGACUUACUUCCUGUUUAUAUUCCAAUACGCGUGGCGAACAAGAUUCUUUUUGUUGGAGAAUCAAUACAGAUGUUUGAGACAGAUAAGAAACCAGCUACACAUAAAAAAGGUAGUAUCCUGAAAAAUCAUGAAUCAGAAUUUGCCAAGGAUCUAUAUAAUUUAUCUCUAGAACCAGAUUUUAAUAACAUGUCAUUUGAAGCACUGAUUGAUAAAAUCAGGACACAUGUUGCUGAGCAUUUGUGGAUGUUAGUAGUGGAAGAUUCAGAUCUAGUGCCACAUUUAAAGAUCAUAAAAGAUUUUUAUCUAUUAGGAAGAGGGGAGCUGUUUCUCACAUUUAUAGAUCAUGCACAGAAUUUAUUAAGAGGACCACCUAUAGGCACCACAGAACAUGAUAUCAAUACAGCAUUUCAGCAAGCUGCAAGAAAUGUUUUGUUUGAUAAUGAGAAUUUAUUACAGAAUUUUCAUCUCACAGUAGCAGCACCAAUCACAAACAAAUCUACAACAGAUUCCACCAGUAGUAGCAGUAGUCAGCAGUCGGUGGAAUCGGGGUGGAAUUCUUUAAGUCUGACAUACACAGUGGAUUGGCCAUUACAUAUACUGUUUACACCAUCAGUGUUAGAAAAAUAUAACAGAGUGUUUAGGUUUCUCCUACUGGUUAAAAGAGCCCAAAUAGACAUACAACAGUGCUGGGUAUUACAGAUGCAGUAUAAACAAAAAGCUGUUAGUCGUGAAGAAAUGACUAAAUGGCAGCUACGAACACAUAUGGCUUUCCUGGUGGAUAAUUUACAGUAUUACUUGCAGGUAGAUGUAAUAGAAUCACAGUAUGGUAUACUGGUAGAUAAGAUUCAGUCUACAAGAGAUUUUGAGGCAGUACGAUUAGCACAUGAUCAGUUCCUAUCAGCAUUGUUAGCACAAAGUUUUGUACAUAUGAAAUCAGUAUCUCAUUGUUUACAUGAAAUAUUAGACCAGUGUGGGGCUUUUAGUAAGCUGUUGAUGCAUUGUGAAUCUCCUAUGGUACAUAGAGAACUUAACCAGUUAGAAAGUAUAGCUAAAAAUUUCCAAGGCCAGUCAAACUUAUUAUUUAAGAUAUUAUCAAGUGUCCGGAGUCACAAUGCCAGUCCACAUUUAGCACAGUUGUUACUAAGACUCGACUUCAACAGAUACUUCAGUAUAGCUGGGGGACAACUUGGAAGUUACUGAGAGUAAACAGACUGCCUGUUUAGUUAUAAACAUUGAUUGAUAAUAUCUCCUUUGAUUGAUGAUGAUGAUGAUGAUGAUGAUGAUGAAAUGUAACAAACAAAGCUUAUUUGAUAUCAUCACUGGAUUCAGCAGUGAAUUUCAUAUGUAGUAUCCAAUCUGUAGCUGCCCCAGAGGAUCUUAAUACACAGGACCAUCAGAAAAGUGUUACUAGAAAUUGCAUAUAGUAAAAUCACAGAACAAUUAUUAAGAGUGCUGCUGUUUGUUAAUUUAUAAAAAUUUUAAUGAUUAAAUAAAAUUAAUAAAUAUAUAA